AUGAAUAAUUCAUUAAAUGAAAGGGGAAUGUUCAUUGGUGACCCUUUGAUUGAUGAUUUGAAAUCAAAGCAAUUGUCUAAAGUUCACGAUUUGGUAUUGUUGGAAGCAGGUCUCGAGAAUGUAGAAUCAGAGAUUGCAGCAUUACUCUCGCAAAAGUUGAAACUUGUCGAUAACAUACGUCGAAUCAAAGCAGAGAAACAGAUCAUCGAUGAAUCGAUGGUCCGUGUACAACAAUCGGUCUUGGUUAAAUGGCGUAAUCUAGCCAAUCGUUUUGGAUUGCAAUACGAAUGUAAUCCAACUGACAACAACUUUAUAAUACCAUCUGUUAUUUCAUUGUUACCAAUGGAAGUUAUUAUCAAUAUCUUUGAAUAUCUAUCGUUCCAUGACAUCUACUUUAAUGUAUCACGUGUUUUGGAACACGUUGGACACGCAUCAUCACAACGAAUCGAAACCACUCAAGGUGAUUCCGUCUUCGUUCUGGUCGAGUCCAAUACUACCACCGUCGCAACCACCUCAGAUUCUGCCAAACACCAUACUGGUGCAGCAGACACGUCUGAGAACACAGUACGACGACCGCACCGUCACUCGGAAGACACCGCAUUCCGCUAUCCUACCGCCGUCCGGCUUCAAUCCGUACUCUUCGAACCGACUCCAACAACAACAACAACAACAACAACAAUUGCUCGUUCGACAGCGACAGCGAGAGCAGUCACGAGAGCAAGAAUAUCAAGGCGAUCAUACCCGACAAUAGCAAUAGCGACAGCGUCAUACACGACCAGUUGA